CCCGCAUCCGUUUUAAAAUUUAGUACAGCUACCCUGCAAGGUGUUCUGUCCAAACAGCAAGCUUAACAUCAUUACAAAUACUCAAACAACCCGUCCAGAUGACCUUCAACUGAAGCUAUGAAUUUAUUUUUCGAAGCUCACUUUAUAAUAUAACCUCAUAUCAUCAGCAGAAUGGACGUCGACCAGGCAGCGCAGGCUGACCCCGCUAACCUCGCAAAGAUUGAAGAGCUCCUCAAAACAAAGAACGACACUCAGAGAUUCGUCGGUUUAGCUCUGUUACGAUCUGUGCUGGACAACUCGGCAGAUAUUCGACAAAAUACAGCCAUUAUACAACACUUUUGGUCAUGCAUCUCGUCCAAGUUCUUGGAUCGGCUGCUCAAGACGGGUUCCAAGCCUUCCAACCCAGAUGGAAAGGAUAUGCUUGAUCUCGCCGUCUCCAUCCUCCAUACUUUUGCUAUUUUAUUGCCAGCAACUGGCAAAGGACAGUCUAAACUGGUAGAUAGAGUGCCAAGUUUGGUAGAUGCAGUGCUUUACAGCUCCGGUGAAACAACGGACCGCCUGCUGCAGACUUUAUUUACAAUCGUCAGCAAUCGCGAGGGCGCCGAAGCAUUGAUUUUACAUGAAGAUAUCUCGUCCUUGACUGAGAUUGCACCAUCCCAUGCCAUUGUGUUGGAUAUCUUACGACAUGCGUGGCUGAAUGGCCUAACGACCAGCUCUGAAAGACAUGUUGUUAGCCAGCAUGUGGACAAGGUCCUUCAGAAUCUAUGUGUGAUUUUCAAGGGAACCGAUGCAGUCACAUUGCUCUCAUUUCUGGGAGCCUUUCUCCCACAGGCAGAUCUUAGGGCUUUGCCUAAGCACCCAAAAUGGCUGCCGGCUAUGGUUGGAUUUAUACAAAAUCUUGUCAAAAGCCGACCCACUGUCGAUGCUCGCGUGGCAUACACAAAUGCAUCCGCCGCACUUUUACAAAGCUAUCCUCAGGAUACCAUGGCUCUUCUUUUCGUUAAUACUGGAAAGGAAGAAAAGCCAUUCACGUUUCUGUUUAUAAACCUAUUACUUAUUGAUAUAAGAUCCUCAGCGCCUACGUUACUCGAAAAGCUCAACGAUCCGGCUUAUCCAGCGAUAUCCCGCCGCCUGGCAUCUGCAUUUGACGUCGUUUGCAUAUUUCUUGGUUUCCUCAUACGGUCUUUAGAAGAUGAGCGCUUGGAGACCAUGGUUAUGCCACCGGAAAGUCUUCUGAAAAUGCGGAAAAAUCUAGGCGAAACCAUGUCAGUCACAGUAGAAUAUUUGAGAGACAGAUGGGACGCAUCAGUUGCAGGCGCCAUGGGCCUCCAUCCCGAUGCCAGAACAGGCAGCGCUGAAACAUCAAUGGGAUCACACAAAACCUUGACCUGGGAUUCUAUGAAGGAUAUGGCCGAUAAGGAUCCUUUUAUAUUAUCCGCACUUAGAACGUUGGCUAUUUGGCUUCGAGAAGAUGAGAAUGAGACACUUCGCAAAGAGGCGACAGGCUUAACUGAUGUUUUCUUGGAAUUAUACCAAGCCAGCGAUGCGGGAGAACUGGACUUCCGCUCCCCAACAUUAGUUGCUCUUGAAGGAUUACUUACGUUCAAAAAGGGCCGUGAGAUGUUUCUGCUUCAUGACGGCUGGACGAUUAUUUCGAAAGAUCUGAUGAAAAUUCUCCGGACCCAUGCAGAGGAUGAAAGUGAGGGCAAUGCAGAGUUGGUCAUUGACAUGGUUAGAGUUCUUCUGACGGUCGCAGAAGAGGAAGAAUCUGGAACACUAGAAUCCUGGCUUGAUUUAAUUACUGCUUUUGCGGCGUGGGAUGUGCCGGAUAGUGUGACACUAGCCAAGGCGAGGGAAGCACACGUCGGGGUGUUACAACUGUGUUGCACCCUGCUAACCAGAGCCAACUCAGGAAUGAGGAGCAGAUAUCGACAUUCUACUGCCGCGAUUGCAGGUGCUGCGUCUCAUGUGGCCAAGAAUAUCCAGGCAGCGGACGACUUGAAUGAGCAAAUAACUGAUGUCCUAGAUACACUAAGAGCUCUGUCAUAGGAGCCAAUAAUUAAAAAUUUAAAGCUAUAUAAAUGAAUAAAAACUGCAUUCUAUUUAUACAUUAUACUUCAUUUUUAGCCUUCGCUCUUCGUUUGCGAGCCCGGCGCACCUCAAUUUCCACAUGGCGCAUCUCCGCAUCAAUGGUAGUGAGCCGAGGUAUAAUAUCGUCUAUGACUUGUAUUGACUGGCUUUGUGCAGACCUAAUCUGAGGGGGUGACAAAACACCAAACCAGCUCAGAGGAUUGGUAGCUUUUUUCCGCGGUGAUGCUGCGGUUGAUGCGGAUUCGUCAUGAUCAACGCCAUCGUCGCUGGGUGUAGCGUCGGCUUUUUCUGUCUCAGGCUGAGGCUUCUUGUUGUAUACUGUGAAUAUUGGGAGCUUUGAGCCCUCGCUUUCGACUAUUGUAACUUGUUUGGACGCCUUCAUUCGCUCAUCGUAGUGGUCUUGUCCAUAUCUUAGGCCGCGCUCUGCUCCGAAAUUGGCUCUCGCGAUAUCUUGAAACACGCCACGCUGCAAUGAGGCCAGGUUCUCUCGGAGACGUGAAUAUUCAUCUACGAGAAGCAAAUAUCGUUGCAGGAGCUCGUCUAUUCGUUGCUGCUCAGAGGACAUGGUGAGCUGGUGAAUGUGUUGUUUGGUGGUUGUGGUAGAGUUGGGGUGCCG